AUGUCACCCCAAAAUUGUCGCUCGUUCGGUGGCCAUCGUGUAGUGGCGGUGUUGAUGCUAGUGGUGCUUCUAACGCUCGAAGGUGGACACUGCUUCGGUAGGAGAUUCCACGAGGAAGGGAAAGUGAAACGAGAAAGUGACACUGUGGACGAGCAACAAACACAAACGGAUCCCGGGUCGGGCGACGAAAUCAUCUACGACCAACGGCAGGUGUCGCGGCCCGGUGGCACCAACAUACGGUUGAACAUUAAAAACCUCCAGGUGCAGCUGCCCGAAUCGCAGCUGGAGCGCUUCCAGGCCACCGACAUGAUCCAGCUGAUACAACAGUCGGUGCUGCGGUUACUCGGUAUCCCGAUAGCUGCCGAGCCAGCACAGACGCAGCAACAAGCAGCCAGCACCACCAGACCAUCGCUCGAGGACGACGGCGGCGACGAGCAAGGACAGGAGAAGCAAGAGAGUGCGUCCGCAUCGAUGCUGCAGGUGAACGGAAACAAUGUGCCGGCCAAGUUUUUCCUGGAAAUCAGCGAUUUCCUCAUGAACACCAAAGACAACGAUGCGGUCGAUGAUCAGCGCGUGGACGACAACCACAACGAGCAUCAGCGACAGGAGGAGCUGCUACAUCAGCAGCAGCAGCACGAACUGCAGCAGCUGCAGCAGCAGCAGCAUCAUCAGCAAUUUCCCCACGAUCCCUCCUCUCUGUACGCCACGGAAGAGAUCAAGAUCGAGCGGUUGGAAAACUCAAACAACGUGAAAAACGAAACCAUUACCAUCAGCAAACGGCUCACGAAUCUGGUCACCGCCGCACCGAACGUGCCGCUGAUCGAGCGAAACGUAACCGAGCAUCGGACGGCAUCAAAUGCGACCCAGAAUGCGACCGCGUCCGAGGAUCGGCACGUGCAGACGAAACCGAUCCGGCUGGACACGGUGUUGGUGCGCAUGGAAACGUCACAGCAGCAGGGCCCUCGGAAGACGCUGCGUGAAAAGGUCAUCUGGAGGAUGCCACUAUCAGCUGGCGAUGUUGCAAGCUACGAAAAUCCACCGGCAAGUUAUGAGCAGCAGCAGCAAUGA